AAACUGUCGAUGUCAACAAAUAAAAUGCUUUCAAACAAAACAUAACCUAUUAUUAUAAAAUCAGUUUUAAUAACCCCUAUAAAUUAUUAAACAUGAAAAUCGCCGUAGAAGGUUGCGCCCACGGCGAAUUAGAAACAAUUUAUGAAGUUUUAAGUUUACUAGAAGAAAAUGAAAACAUUAAAAUUGAUCUGUUGGUGUGUUGCGGGGAUUUCCAAGCAACCCGUAACGAAGAGGACUUACGAUGUAUGGCUAUACCACCCAAAUAUCGAGAAAUGUGCACAUUUUAUAAAUAUUACAGCGGUGAAAAGAAAGCCCCCGUUUUAACUGUUUUUAUUGGAGGAAAUCACGAAGCUUCUAAUCAUUUACAAGAAUUGCCAUAUGGAGGAUGGGUUGCCCCCAAUAUUUAUUAUUUAGGUUAUGCGGGAGUUAUUAAUGUAAAAGGAAUUAGAAUAGGUGGUAUAUCAGGGAUAUACAAAGGUAGGGAUUAUAUGAAAGGUCACUAUGAAAAACCACCCUAUAAUGAUAAUUCAAUGAGGAGUGUUUAUCAUAUAAGAAAUUUAGAAAUAUUUAGGUUAAAACAACUUUCCAGGCCUUUAAAUAUCUUUUUAUCCCAUGAUUGGCCUACAGGGAUAACAAAAUAUGGAGACUGUGAUCAAUUGGUUAAAUUCAAACCACAUUUCAAGGCUGAUAUAGCAGCUGGAGAAUUGGGUUCACCACCAUGCGAAACACUUUUACAUCAUUUACAACCAGAUUAUUGGUUCUCAGCUCAUUUACAUUGUAAAUUUGCCGCGUUAGUACCGCAUCAAACGGGAAAAUGUACAAAGUUUUUAGCAUUAGAUAAAUGUUUACCAAGUAGGAGGUUCUUACAAGUUGUCGAUGUCGCCGAUAAUGGUGGUGAAUUAAAAUUAGAAUAUGAUUUAGAGUGGUUAACAAUUUUACAUCAUACAAAUCACUUAUUAAGUGUAAAAAAUAAUACGCAAUAUAUGCCUGGUACGAUCGGAACGGAUAGAUGUAAUUUUACACCAACAAAAGAUGAGGAAUCUUUUAUUUUGAAUCGGAUGAAUAAUAAUUUAGAGAUUCCUUUAAAUUUUGUUGCCACUGCUAAAGUGUACGACCCAAAUUGUAUCCAAAAUUCUUCUUCGCUACAACCAAAAAUUAAUCCACAAACAGAACAGUUCUGCAGUAGACUUGGCAUAAGCGAUCCUUUGAAUCUAAUUUUAACUAAUUCGUCGAAAAGUUUUACGGAAUAUGAAAGCUUUGAUAGAAGUGAAAACAUGAAUUCUUUUAUAAACGAUAGUGAUGUUGUGCUGGAAAAUAGCGAUUACGAAUUUGAUACUAGUACACCUAAGAAAGAAGGAAUCUAUUCAAAAGUCAAAUUGAAUUUGCCAUCACCCAAAGCUGAUAUACCAGAAAUGAAAGAAGAUGAUGGAAAUUUGAAAAGAACUUCUAUUGAGGGAGAAAAUUUAAAUGAAACUGUUGAUACAAAUGUGAAUAAUUUAGAAAAUAAGAAAUUCAAAAGAAGAAAUGCUAGUUUAUAUGACACUUCUAAUAUGGAGUAAUAAUUAUUGCAGUUAUAUAGAAAUUUGUAGGAAUAUUAAUUUUUAAUUGUAUAUAUUUUGGUGUUGUUCUUCUUCUUCUACUUUUGACUAGGAAUGCAUCCCUGUUUAUCAAGCCUUAUGUUUGGAAUUUACUCCACAGAUGAGGACAACCAUCUGUGUGGCUCUUAGGCUUUUUUUUUCAGUAAUCUAUACAUACAUAUUCUGGCCAAUCUCCUCUCAUCCAUUCUUUCCACAUGCUUCUUCCAAUUUUUCUUUCUUACUAUUGUCCAUUUUACUACAUUCUGUAUGUUACAUCUCUCUCUGGUAGAGCUGUUGUCUGCCUAUCUUGAAGUGUCACAUUCAACAGAUCUCAAGACUUUCAUCUCCAUCACUCUAACCCUUUGUUUAGUAUUCUUUGUUUCUACUGCCGUCUCGGUACCAUAUGUUGUUGUUCAUUUUCAAUAAAUAAGUGCCAUGAAUUGUUUUAAGGUUUAAAAGAGCGCUUAAAACGCUGUGCCUAAUGCAACACUUCCUUGGUAGUAGCAGUAGUUUAACACAACUAUUUAAUCUAAAGAGGAGGAACUAGUUAAUGUAAUUCAUAAAUUGUAAAUCAAUACAAAUAAUAAAUAAAAUUUUAUAAAAAAUCCAAA